GGCAGACGUGACACAAAAUGGAGGUAGUGAACACCCUCAAACAGGCAGCCAGCAUACAGAAUGCAUUGAGGGUAUUAUCAGUACUCAAUCUGACCGCCUAUCGAUAUCCCGAGCAAGCUAAUGUUAAAGAUGGGGCUGUGUUCGACUUCAUCGUGGUGGGCGCGGGCUCGGCGGGCUGCGUGCUGGCCAACAGGCUCAGCGAGGACCCGAGGGUGACGGUGCUGCUGGUGGAGGCUGGCGGGGACCCGCCUGUAGAGUCCAAUCUCCCGGCUUUAUACUCCUAUGGAUUUAGAACUCAAAAUGACUGGAACUACACUGCUGCCAACAAACCAUGCUCUCCAUAUAAAUGUCACAUCAAUAACGUGGAUCAAUUACCACGAGGCAAAAUGCUAGGUGGUUCCAGCAGCAUGAACGUUAUGUUUUACGUCAGAGGAAGCCCACAUGAUUAUGACACUUGGGCGCGUAUCACGAAUGAUCAAAGCUGGAGCUACAAUGACGUUUUACCUUAUUUCAUUAAAAGUGAAAGAAUGGAAAGCACUGCCAUUUUGGAUUCCCCAACCGGUAUUUUUCAUGGUGCUAACGGAUAUUUGGGUGUAACACAAUUAAAUAACAGCGAAACAAAAAAGUAUUUGGAUUCUUUUCAAGAGCUCGGAUAUGACACUGUGUUAGACACUAAUGGGAACCAUACACUAGGAUUCAUGGAGCCACAAUUUACAAUAGCCGAUGGUAUUCGCCAAAGUACAGCGAACGCUUUUUUGACACCGGCGCUUCAUCGAUCUAACCUUUACGUCCUGAGGCACCACUUGGUAACUAAGAUCAAUUUCGAAAACCAAGUAGCUGUGAGUGUGAAUGUGAAUAACGACAAGGGCCAAAUAAUAACAUUAAAAGCAAAAAAGGAAAUCAUUGUAUCAGGUGGGGCAAUUAACAGCCCUCAGUUACUGAUCCUUUCUGGGAUUGGUCCUAAAGAUCAUCUGGAAGAUUUGGGAAUAAAUGUAGUUUCUGAUCUUCCUGUUGGAGAAAAUUUACAAGAUCACAAGCUAGUGACAUUGUAUCAUGUUACCGGACCGGCACCCAUCACCUUGCCUGUCAAUCCUCAUGAAUAUCCCAAUAAAGAUAUUAUUGGCUUUGUAGCAUUGGAAAAAAAUCAGUCGUACCCAGAUUAUCAAUCACACAUACUUAUCGGAGGUUCAGAUAUUCUACUUUCAGUAUGUGUCAUUGCAUUCUCAUUUGAUGCAGAUAUUUGUCAGAAAUUUUACGAUAAAAGCAAAAAUAGAGAAGUUAUGAUAACUGCGCUGACGAUUGUUCGCCCCAAAUCUAGGGGACAGCUACUUUUAAAAAGCACUGACCCUGAAGAACAUCCCUUUAUUUACACAGAGCCAUAUUCAGAUGAACGUGAUUUAGAAGAUGUAAUAAAGUAUUUAGAGGAUUAUUCCCGGGUUAUUAACACAACGUACUUCAAGAGUGUAGAUUCAGAGUUAUUAGAAUUGGAAAAAUGUGCAAGCUACCCUGCUGGCAGCAAAGCUUACUGGCGAUGUUACGCUCGGUGCCUGGUGACCACGCUGUACCACCAAGUGGGCACGUGCGCCAUGGGCUCCGUGGUGGACAGCCGGCUGCGCGUGCGCGGCGUGGAGAGGCUGCGCGUGGUGGACGCCAGCGUCAUGCCCACCAUCACCAGCGGCAACACCAACGCGCCCACCAUCAUGAUCGCCGAGAAAGCCGCUGACAUGAUCAAGGAGGACAAUAACAUCCCUCACUAAAAAUAACUUAAUAGAUUCCAUAUUUUUUGUUUUUCUU